CUUGCUGACUUUGGUCUUAGUGGCAAUUUCUAAUGAGUCUGAGAACAGAACGGAAAGAGAAAAAGCAUCUACAAUGUUCCAAAAAAUGAAAGCCAUAACUAAAUCAAGACCGAAUAACUCAGUAGUUUGGAUUAUGCUAAUCAGCUGUGUUAUCAUCAACGUCUGUGCUUUAGCUGAAAGCAAUUUGUACCUGUACUAUUUACAGCUGGUAUUUGACUUCACAGUCAAAGAAGCUGGACUUUAUUCAGGGUUCCGUUUAGUACUCUCCAUACUUAGUACAGCGAUUCUAUCACCGCUGUUGACAAAAGUUUUGAAAUGGUCUGACUUCAGAAUCGGUAUUAUUAGUUCAUUUCUGACUUUUAUUGCGGCUGCUGCAAUGGUAUUUGCAAAGACACUGGUACAUUUGAUUAUAUUUGCUGUGUUAGAUUGUUUGAAAUUAUUUGCCCAGACUUUGCCAAUGUCAAUCGUAUCCCAGUGUGUGAAGAGUGACGAAGUUGGAAUAUUUUUCAGCCUACGUUUCAUCGGUGGAUGCCUGUCCCCAAUGCUGUUUUUUUAUAUGUACGAUGUUAUAUUUUCUGCAACUUCAUAUACUCUGCCAGGAGCUUUCUUCAUAGCCAGCGCCAUCUUUACAUUACUCGUAUUUUUCUCCUUUUGUAUAUGUUCCUGUAUCUACACAGAAUCAAUGGAACUUUUGGAAAACGAUUUUACAACAAAUACUGACUCUGAAAACUGUGGCGGGAAAUCAAAUAGAGCCUUCGAAAAAUCCUUGGAAGCUACGUGAUUUUUUUAAAUCUAUUUAUUAAACAAUAAAAGUUAUGACUAUAUCUAUAUGUGAGAGAUAAAGACAUCAUUUCAAUUUUUAUUAAAUAAUUAAGCAAGUUACAAACUAAUUUUAAUAGCUCAAUGUUAUUGAUAAUUGGCAACACCAGCAAACUAAAAAAAUGUAGCAUGGUGUCGUUUACCUCCGUCUUACAAGUGGCAAAACAGGGAAACUCAUUCUACCAAGAAAUUGGAGAAGCGACAAAAUUUAAUACAAUAAUAUUGGUUCAAUAGUAUUUAACUAAUUUGGCUUAACAUUUUAGUUAAGUACCAUUAAAUUUCGAGUAAUUAAAGUAUUGUAUUAAAUUUCGCGACUUAUUCGAUUUUUUGGAAGAAUAGAAUGAGGGACAAAGUUUCCCAGAAACGUUCAAUUAAUUGCAACCAAAGACUCAUUUGAUUAUAAUUUAUAUAUGAAAGGAAUACAACGGUUAAUGGCUCAAAUCUAUAUAAUGUCCAUUUAUUUACAGAAGGUUCAACAACUGUUUUCAACCAAAAUGUAUUAAUAAAAAAUCAUACGAUUUAGUUUAUUUUAUUUUACCUUUAAUAAAGCAUUUAAAAACACAUUCUUUAAUGUUUACAAUAUUAUAUACGACUAUAAUAUAGAAUAAAAUUAUGAUUUCU